UUAGCUUUCAAAACCACCGUCAGGGGGCGUGAAUCGUAGGUACAGCAACUUGACAACAAUCUUCUAUUUUUAGAUCAAACCAUUGAUAUGUUUAAGCCGCAACAUGUGAUAUUCGUUUAUUUAUUUAUGAUGAACGUAAUGGUUGAAUCUACAACGAAAACAAAACGAAGUUAUUCCGAUCAAUCCGUACGAGGAUAUAUAACAGAGAGGACAUGUUGGUGGAAUGAAGUUUGUAAGGAGGAAUUCCAAACGCUGUUCCGAUGUAAAUGCCCUUCCUGGUCAUACUGCCGAAGUCCCGGAAAAUAUUACAACGCGGUAUGUUCAAUGACUGAGACGGGGUACAUCUGGGACCAACCUAACUCACAAUGGCGUGGUCAAUAGACAGAGAAAUUGUAAUUCAAUUUUAGCCCUCUUUAUUGUGUAAUUUAAAAUUUAUUGUUUAUUUAAAAUAUUCCAAUGUGCCAAAAUUUUAACGAUUCAGAGACUGAAUUCAUUAGGAGAAUGAAAUGAAAUUUCGUCUUAUAUUUUCGUAUUGAA